CAGGGCGAUAGGCAGGUCAAAAGGCUCAGCCAGGUCCUUCACUCAAGUUCUUUUCAAAAUAGUCUCGAUGAAGUUAGGAAGCCGAGGGAGGCUCUAGUCAAUGAGAGAACACGCAGGAAACGAGGUAAGCCUCUACCCCUGCAGGAGGCUGAGGAGUAUCAUGGUGGAGCUGUAUUCUGGUCUCCAAGGAAGGUGAAGGAGGCGCGCGAUCGCCUGCAACUCCAGGAGGAGGAGGAGCAGCUGCAACUCCAAAAAGCUGAUACGAGGAGGCAACGUGAGGAGGCAAGGCAGGCGAGGGCGAGGGAGAAGGAGCAGAGGCGUCAGGCGAGGCUUGCAGUGAGCCUAAUGAGGCAGAAGGAGAGGGAGGAAAAGGCUGUUGAAAAGGCCUCAAGAAUCGCGGCUCGCAGGGCUGCAAAACAACUUCAAAAAGCUAUCAAAACUUCCCAAAGGGGUAGGAGGAGGAGCUUCAAGGCUUCUGCAAAGGCUACUCAAAAAAAAAAGAGGCCUAUCGCGAUGCCUCAAGGUGGUGAGGAGCUUCAGGGAGGUGCUGCAGGAUCACCACCUCCAACCUCGCGUCGUGGCCGCGCGAUUAGAACUCCAUCUCGAUUCCUAUAG